GAUUGUAGGGUAUUCUGGCCGUAUUCUACAUUAUCCCAGCAGACAUCAACACCCUGAUCAACUACUUCAGUUUACCCCGUUGUUGUGAUUGUAGGGUAUUCUGUCCGUAUUCUACAUUAUCCCAGCAGACAUCAACACCCUGAUCAACUACUUCAGUUUCGCCCAGUGGGCUUUCUACGGCCUCACAGCUCUCGCUCUCAUCGUCAUGCGCUUCACCAGGAAGGAUCUCGAGAGGCCCGUCAAGUGUCCCAUGCCCAUAGCAGUGCUGGUGGUGAUAGUGUCCUGCUACCUGGUCCUAGCACCUAUCAUAGACAAGCCAGAGCUGGAGUAUCUCUACUGUACCAUCUUCAUCCUCAGCGGUCUGCUGCUCUACUUCCCCUUCGUUCACCGCAAGUUCAGCUGGACACGCAGGGUCAUGAGGCCAAUCACCAUGCACCUCCAGCUGCUGAUGGAGGUCGUUCCUCCUGAGAACAACGAAUAGAGGAAGAUAAUAAACAGCCUGAACUGACUAAUGUGGACAAAUGUCUUUCCUGCGUCCGAAAUGGUACCCUAUUCCCUCUGUGGUGCACUGACCUAUAGGCCCUAGUCAAAAGUAGUGCACUACAUAGGGAAUAGGGUGCCAUUUGAGACGCAUGAUUAGAAAACACAGACUUAGAAAACACAGACUGUACUGUCUCAUAAUGAAGGUACUGUUUCAUAAUGAAGGUACUGUACUGUCUCAUAAUGAAGGUACUGUCUCAUAAUGAAGGUAAUGUCUCAUAAUGAAGGUACUGUACUGUCUCAUAAUGAAGGUACUGUACUGUCUCAUAAUGAAGGUACUGUACUGUCUCAUAAUGAAGGUAAUGUCUCAUAAUGAAGGUAAUGUCUCAUAAUGAAGGUACUGUCUCAUAAUGAAGGUACUGUCUCAUAAUGAAGGUACUGUACUGUCUCAUAAUGAAGGUACUGUCUCAUAAUGAAGGUAAUGUCUCAUAAUGAAGGUACUGUCUCAUAAUGAAGGUACUGUACUGUCUCAUAAUGAAGGUACUGUCUCAUAAUGAAGGUACUGUACUGUCUCAUAAUGAAGGUACUGUCUCAUAAUGAAGGUUAUGUAGUGUCUCAUAAUGAAGGUACUGUCUCAUGAAGGUACUAUCGCCAAUGGAGAUGGUUUAUAUAAUGCCCCUCUGUGUUUAAACUCUGCUUAGAAGGACAUAUUUGCUUUUAGGACACUGCCAAUAUAUAUUGAAGACACAGAGGCUCUGCUUGGCAGGUUGGCAGCAGCUGAUAAUGAAGGUACUGUAUCAUAAUGAGACAGAGGCUCUGCCUGUCAAGUUGGCAGCAGCCGAUAAUGAAGGUACUGUAUCAUAAUGAGACAGAGGCUCUGCUUGGCAGGUUGGCAGCAGCCGUCUACAUGAUCUGGUUCCCAAACUAACUGACUGGAUACAGGAGGUCAUUGCCUGCGUCUAAAAUCCCUCCCUAUGGCCCUAGGGAACGGGGAGCCAUUUGAGACGCUGACAAUAUGCUGCUCUUGUACGUGACUAGAGAGAACAUAAUGAUGUCAUUAUAUUUUAAACGUUUUAUUUGUCCUCAACAUUGUUUCAAAUCCCUCAUGCGCUGUUCAAGCACUUCUAUAUUAUCUAUAUCUAUGGUUUCUAUAUUAUCUAUAUCUAUGGUUUC